AUGUGUAUCCGGAAAGGUAACUUGGAUGAGGAAGCAAUGGGCAAGAAUAUGCAAGAAGACUCAGAUAAACAAAAGGGAAGCAAAAGAGUCCUUUUGCUAAUAAACUGCCUCUUAGUCUGCAUAGGCCUCACUGGCGGCCCUCUCAUAACUCGCCUCUACUUCGUCCACGGCGGCCACCGCGUCUGGCUCUACAGCUGGCUCCAAACCGCCGGCUUCCCCGUCCUCUUGCUUCCUCAAAUUAUCUCUUACGUCCGCACCCGCAAGCCCUUCUUCUCCCUCGACUCCCGCUUGUUUCUUUCAUCAGCCGUCAUCGGUGUAUUCAUGGGCGUCGAUGAUUACCUCUACGCUUACGGCUUAGCUCGCCUGCCGGCCUCCACUUCCUCUCUCAUCGUCUCCACCCAGCUGGCAUUCACAGCCGUCUUCGCCUUCCUUCUUGUCAGGCAAAAGUUCACCCCUUUCUCCAUAAACGCCAUCGUCUUGCUCACCGUCGGAGCCGGCGUCUUGGCUCUUCAUUCAUCUGGAGAUCGUCCUGCUGGCGUGUCACCCAAACAAUAUGUAUUGGGAUUCGUGAUGACACUAGCGGCGGCGGCCUUGUACAGUUUUUUGAUGCCAUUAUUGGAGCUCAUGUACGGCAAGAGCAAGCAGCCUGUGACCUACUCGCUGGUCGUCCAGGUUCAGCUCGUCAUAAGCUUCACUGCUACUCUGUUCUGUACCGUCGGCAUGCUCGUCAACAACGACUUCAAGGUGAUGGGAAGGGAAGCGAGAGAAUUUGGGGUGGGGGAGACAAAGUACUACGUUGUGGCGGUGUGCACUGCGAUCACAUGGCAGAUAUUCUUUCUGGGAUCCGCAGGGGUUAUCUUUUGUGCCUCUUCGUUUCUGUUAGGAAUUCUGAUUGCGGUGUUGCUGCCGGUAACUCAAGUGUUGGCCGUGAUUUUCUUCAGAGAGAAGUUCACGGCAGAGAAAGGAGUUAGUUUGGUACUCUCUCUUUGGGGCUUUGUGUCCUACUUUUAUGGAGAGUAUAAUAAACAGCUCCAGAAAAAGAAGCAAAAUAAUCCCAACCCCCAUGAAUCUGAGUUGCUUCCAUCUCUUCCUAACAAUAGUCUUUGA